CUGCUAACUGUUUGGAGCUGGGCAGGUAGUACAGUGGGUUUAUCAGAGCAUUGUUGAUGAAAACAGCUGCUGCAUGUGGCUGUUGGACACAUGGUUAAUGAGAGCAGUGAAACUAAUCUGUAACGUUAAAGUAAAUGCCCAAUAAAACAAAAACAAUGUUAGCUAAGAGGCCAUACCAUUUUUUUAAACUGCAAGGUUGGGCGAUAAUUAUCAUUGGUCAAUGCUGUCGACCUCUUUAAUUUUCAGCAUAAUUAGCCUUGAUUUUAAGCUAGCUAGCGUUAAAUCAGAGUGUUGGCAAAGAAAUUUAUUUUUUGUUUUGUUUAGCACAUUGCAAAAUAUAUAAUAUUUUUGAUGUCUUAAAGCUACAUUGACGUUACUAGGAGGCAGAAGAGCUUUAAAACAAACUGACAGCUAGUCUUGACAUAAAAAAACAACAUAUUAUCACCUUAAAAGGCUAGCUAGUUUUGGCUAAAGUGUCAGCAAGCAGUUGCCUAAAGUUUACUUUAAGUUAACGUUAACUAGGUAGCUAGCUACUUAGAAGACAUUUAGAAGACUUGGAGGAACAUACCUGGAAUCCUGUUUUUUUGCCACCAGCAAAACAGUGAUCGUCAUGGCUGAAACGCUUGAUACCUGAAGACAACCCCUGUGGCAACACUAUAAUUUCCUACUUAAAAAGCACUGAAAUAUACCAUGGCUACCCAGUUCUUUCAUUAAUGCGACCACAUGGGUGUGACGCAUUGAUACACACAAACCCCGGAGAACAACUUUAUCCGGCAGCCAGCGUUGUCUUUGGGAGUGGAUAACCAACGCGGCAGUAACUCCAAACUGAGGGGGGUGGGGUGGGAAAAUUAGUUAAGUGUGUUUUUCUUUUCUUUUUUUGAGGCAUCAAAUACAACUAAGCAGCCCUGUCCUGUGUUGUAUUUCCCAUAUGUCGCGCAAACAGGUCGACCAUGACUACAAUCUCCGUAGUAUGAGCAACCUGAUGGGCGAGCGGUGGAAGAAAGUGAGCGACGGAGGAGAGCGGAGUCUGAUCAAGGCUCCGUCCAGCGCCAGCCUCAGCAGCCAGGGCGCCUCCGCCGCGACCUCGACCGCAGGUGCGCCAGCAGCACCCACCACUUCCACCGGGGACCUGGAGAGGGCUGCCCGCAAGCAGUUCCAGCAGGAUGUCACGCCCGGCUUCGUCUACGUCCUGGCCGCGUUCUCCGCCCUGGGGGGCUUCUUGUUCGGCUACGACACCGGGGUGAUCUCCGGGGCGAUGCUCCUGCUGAAGAAGGAGCUGGACCUGAGCGCUCUGUGGCAAGAGCUGCUCAUUUCAAGUACUGUGGCCGCGGCCGCCCUGUCUGCCCUGCUGGGCGGCUUCCUCAACGGGCUCUUCGGGCGCAGAGUGUGCAUACUGCUGGCCAGCUUCUUCUUCUCCGUCGGUGGGAUCGUGCUGAGCACCGCCCCUGGCAAAGAGGUUCUCCUGGCGGGGAGGCUCAUCGUCGGAGUGGGGCUUGGUAUUGCCUCUAUGACGGUGCCAGUGUACAUCGCCGAGGCCUCUCCGCCCCACCUCAGGGGUCAGCUGGUGACGGUUAACACCCUCUUCAUCACCGGCGGGCAGUUCACCGCCAGCCUCGUCGACGGCGCCUUCAGCUACCUGCAGCGCGAUGGGUGGAGGUACAUGUUGGGUCUGUCGGUGCUUCCCGCCGUGCUCCAGUUUGUGGGAUUCCUGUUUCUGCCGGAGAGCCCUCGCUGGUUAAUCCAGCAUGGGCUGACCCAGAAGGCCCGCCGCGUGCUCAGUCAGAUCCGAGGAAACCAGAACAUCGACGAGGAGUACGACAGCAUCAAGAACAGCAUUGACGAGGAGGACAGCGGAGGAGAUGGCCCUGUGAUCUGGCGAAUGCUGACCUACCCCCCCACUCGGCGAGCCCUCCUGGUUGGCUGUGGUCUUCAGAUGUUCCAGCAACUUUCAGGAAUCAACACGGUCAUGUACUACAGCGCCACCAUCCUGCAGAUGUCAGGAGUGCGGGACGACAGGCUGGCCAUCUGGCUGGCUGGACUCACCACCCUCACCAACUUCCUGUUCACCCUGCUGGGAGUGUGGCUGGUGGAGAGAGUGGGGCGCAGGAAGCUCACCUUGGGCAGCAUUAUAGGUACAUGUUUGAGUUUGAGUCUGCUGGCCAUCGGUUUUCUGAUGUCCGCCCAGCACAGUCCUCCUGUCACCUUCCACCCAUUAGACCCAUCCAUGGCCAACUCUACCUGCUCCAAAUACCAGCUGUGUGAGCCAUGCAUGCUGGACCCUGGAUGUGGUUUCUGUUACCGUGAGAACAGCUCAGCGCUCCUCGCCUCCUCCUGUGUGCCAGUCAAUAAGGCCUCCACCGAGCAAGCAGCAUGGGGCAGAUGCUCCAACUCCAGCCUGGUGAGAGAUGAGACCUACUGGGCCUACAACUACUGUCCCACCUCCUACUCCUGGCUGGUUCUGCUGGGUCUGGUCUGCUACCUGGCUGCUUUCGCUCCAGGGAUGGGUCCCAUGCCGUGGACCAUCAACUCCGAGAUCUACCCGCUGUGGGCGAGGAGCACCGGGAACGCCUGCGCAGCCGGAGUCAACUGGACCUUCAACGUCCUGGUGUCUCUCACCUUCCUCCACCUGGCUCAGUACUUCACCUACUAUGGAGCUUUCUUCCUCUACUCCAGCAUGGCUUUGCUGGGUUUCUUCUUCAUCUACGGCUGCCUGCCGGAGACCAAAGCCCGGCGUCUGGAGGAGAUCGAAGCGCUGUUCGAAAACCAGCUCUGUUCCUGCGGUGCCUCCGAUUCGGACGAGGGACGGCAGGUCGAAUACAUCCGAGUCAAAGGUUCUAACUACCAUCUCUCGGACAACGACGCGUCCGACGUGGACUAGAGAGACGGUUUCCCUUAGCUUCUGUGAUUACUGAAACAGUGCAGAGUGUCGCGUGGUAUUUUUCUUUCUUUUUUGUGUGUGAGCCGAGGAGCCACUGCUUACCCUCGCUAUGAGGUUCAGAAUCCCAGCUUGCAUGUAUCAUUAAGUCGAGCGAGGUUCACUUCCAAUUCAGGAAUCCGAAAAUCACCGACAAGUCAAGGACAUGUCAGCCUAUUCUCUGAAUUGAGGGUGAACCGAUGCCAAAUCUGGAGUCAAACCUGCUUUAGUAGACCGCUGCGUCUUUAACCAUGCACCACAAAUAUCUCAAUUACGAAAGGCUAAAACAUUGCCUUUUUUCACACAUAACAGUAGUGGGGUUUUUUUAAUUUCUUUUUCAUGAACAAUUGGACAGGAAACACACACUGCAUGUACAAAAUACAAGGGGCAUUUCCUCUCUCACGAAGUCCACCGAUGGUGAUGUACGUUCCAAAAGAGGCCCCAGCUCAGUAUCAGACUCAUAUACUGAGCUGGGGCAUCUUUUGUAUUAGGAACAUAUUACUGCUACUAUCAGUAAUAUGUUCCUAAUAUUUUGUACAUUUGUUGACUAAAUAUAUUUUAUGAUUUAUUUACCAUGUUGUACGUACAGUAUCCAAAGUAAAAAAUGAUCCAGCCAUCCUACAGCAUUGUGUCAGAAUAUGUGUCCAUUUAAAGAUACAGUGAAGAUGGUCUUGAAAACCAGGUUUGUGCGUCCACAAAACCUUUGUUGACAUGACAGCAGUUGUGACUUACUGUCGACCUGUAGUACCAUUAUGCCUUUCUAUAUGAAACACAUCUCAGUUACAUGUUGUUAAAGCUUGUAGCAUAGCACACUCAUGUCAGUUCCUUAUCUGAUGACAGUCUUCGUGGUUCUGAUGUCUUUUUAUGAAAAGCAAACACCAGAGAUGUACAGUAUUUGUUUUAAGUUUAGAAAACGUGAAUUGUCAGUUGGUGCCUAAACAAAACUCACCAAUCUAGUAGCACUGAAAGGAAUAAAAGUUCUGUUGCUAUAGUUCAUAUUUAUUAACGUAUUCAUUUAAAUAUGUGUUGCCACAAAGUACUAAUUGCUUCAGCCUGAAACUUGCAAAAAAACUACAUAGACUAUGUUUUUUUUUUUUUUUUUUUUUAAGUUUCAGGUCUGCAAUUCUUUUGCUUACCUGCCUCUAAAAAUAGCAGCUUUUAACAUUUGAUUAUACUAUGGCGAGUACAGCCUCAUGUCACUCUGUUACUAGGUUGCCAAAAAACCUACAAUAUGAGCCCAUGUUAUGAACCUGGGUAUUAAACAUGUAAUGUCCACUACCUAAAACCAUGGUUUUAUGACUGAGACUUGUAUUUAAAAGUAUUUCAUUCUAGCCUAAACAUGAUCAUAUUAGUGCCUGUGUAUUGUGAAGGUCCCUUAUGGUCGUUUUUCAGUCCAAAUCCCUGAAGUGGAUGUUUUACUGUAUAUCAUGUUAGAUAAUUAAGUCA